AUGCCUUUCUUUCCAAGCCUCAAGUCUCCCCUUGCAACAGAUGGUGUCGACCCUACAGCGAUGGAGAUCACUCAAGCAGAGGCCAGAGCAGAGCCGGGCACGGGCUUGACGACCGUGAACACCGACGAGGAGGAUUUGAAGCAGCCAGUCGUCAAGCUGGACCUAGCCGCAGAGGGUGCCAAACGAUCUGAGUUGAUGCAGGUAGUUUGGGGCAGGCACGGCAGGCUCUUGAUUUUCAUCGGAAUCUGUGUGUUUAUGGUGGUUUAUGAAUUGGACAACUAUACUUUCAGCACAUACUAUGUCUACGCGAUCUCCAGCUUCAUGCAGACAUCCCAGGAAGCAGCGUUGACCACUGCCUCCAACCUGACGUUUUCUCUUUUAAAACCUGUGUGGUCUAAGAUGUCGGAUGUCUGGGGUCGUGGGACCAUGUACCCGGUGGCGCUCGUGCUGGCUCUGGUCGGCAUGAUUGUCGCCGCAUCAGCAAAGAGCUUCGAGGCUUUCGCAGCGGGGACGGUUCUGCGGGUCGUUGGCAUCACCGCGUUCAACUCACUGAACACCAUUGUCAUCUCCGAUCUUACCAGUACGCGGUUGCGUGGCUUCGGCGUCAACAUCCAAUUCUUCCCCACCCUGGUACUGCCGUGGUGCAUUUCGUACAUGGUCUCUGCCGUCGUCUCGCCUGGGGGCAUCGGAUGGGGCUGGGGUAUUGGGAUCAUUGCGAUCAUCCUACCGUUUGGCACUGCGAUGAUCACGGCGGUGCUUCUGAUCUACGAACGGCGUGCUAAGCGGCUAGAAGUCGGCGAUCUUGCGAAGCCUAAGCCUACUUUCUCCGAAGUCGUGUCGAGCAUGGAUCUGCUGGGGGUCGCCAUAAUCAUCGUCGGGUGCGCUUUCAUCCUCAUUCCUCUGUCGUUGGCGAGCAACCAGCCCCAUGGCUACAAAACCCCCUGGGUCAUCGCACUGAUGGUGAUUGGCGGGCUGAUGCUCAUCGGCCUUCCGUUCUUUGAAGCACACUUCGCAGCGCACCCGUUCCUGCCCAUGCGCUACCUGAAGCACAGGUCCAUCUGCUUGGGGUUCUUGCUCUACUUUACAGACUACAUGGCGGCCGCAGCAAGCCACAACUACCUAUACAACUGGGCCGUGAUUGCAAAGAACAUGUCGAUUGUGACCGCAACCAAUCUGAGCAAUGUCAACGGUGUGAUGAUCUUCACCAUGGGCAUCAUCUUGGGGGCCAUUCUCUACAAGACCCGCCAUUUCAAGUGGAUCCUCAUGGGCGGUGUGGCUCUUCGACUCUUGGGAUAUGGCUUGAUGUUCCGAGUGCGCACGUCUCACCCGUCAACCGCCGAGAUCUUCGUCGUCCAGUUCAUCCAAGGCAUCGGCGACGGCAUAGUCCAGAGUGGAGGCUACGUCGCGGCUACCAUCAACGUUCCGCACCGAGAGACCGCUCAGAUGGCCGCCCUUGUCGUCACCAUCGGCAUGCUGGGUCAGAGUGUGGGAACUGCCAUCUGCGGCGCCAUCUACACAGGAACCAUGAGGGAACAGCUGUCCAAAGCACUUGGUUCCGACGCCACACCGGAACUCAUCAGCAACUUGUACAACUCCAUCACUACUGGUGUUCCUGAUUGGGGCACUCCACAGAGAGCCGCCAUUGCUGUUGCUGUAAGUCUGACCAAAGGAAGUUCUAUAGGUCUGUUGCUAACAGGUGGGCAGUAUAACAAGGUUACAUCAUAUUUCUUCAUUGCCGCAAUGGCCAUGAUCAUCCCUGGCAUCGCCUUUGCUUUGUUCAUUCCCAAUCAAACUUUGAAUGACAACCAAAACUUGGUGGAGGAUGCUGGUAUGCUGGGACAGAAGAUGGAUACCGUUACCGAGAUUCCUGAACAGACAUCUUCGGCUCAACGUGAGAAUGUGGAGAGCAAGAAGGCCUAA